CUUAUCUGAUGUUUUAUAUCAUAGACAGCACAUUUGACUACUUUCAGUUGUCUCUGUAACAACAGAAAGUGCACUCACCGUUAGAACAGUAAAAAUUCAAAAUGUUGAAGAGAAAACCAUCUAAUGUUUCAGAGAAGGAGAAGCAUCAAAAACCAAAGCGCAGCAGCAGUUUUGGGAAUUUUGAUCGCUUUCGGAAUAAUUUCCUAUCAAAACCAGAUGAUUCUACUGAGGUGUGUGACGGUGAGCCCAUAAAUGAGAAUGGAGAACAGAAUAAAACUUCACAUAAUGAAGGAGGUUUGGGUAAAAAAAUGAGAGCUAUUUCCUGGACCAUGAAGAAAAAAAUGGGUAAAAAAUAUAUAAAAGCACUUUCUGAGGACAAGGAUGAAGAUGAAGGUGAAGAUGUUCUCUCUUAUCGGAACAGUGAUCCCAUUGUUGGAACCCACACUGAGAAAAUAUCCCUCAAAGCCAGUGACUCCAUCGACAGUCUCUACAGUGGCCAGAGCUCUUCAAGUGGAAUAACAAGUUGUUCAGAUGGUACAAGUAACCGAGACAGCUUGCGGCUUGAUGAUGAAAGUCCCUACACUGGACCAUUCUGUGGGCGUGCCAGAGUACACACAGAUUUCACACCAAGCCCCUAUGACACUGACUCCCUCAAAAUCAAGAAAGGAGACAUUAUAGACAUUAUCUGCAAAACGCCAAUGGGAAUGUGGACAGGAAUGUUGAACAACAAAGUGGGUAACUUCAAAUUUAUUUAUGUGGAUGUCAUCUCAGAAGAGGAAGCUGCCCCUAAGAAAAUAAAGGCACAUCGGAGAAGUAAAAGGGAAAAACCAAAGACUUUACAGGAAUUCCUAGAGAGAAUUCACCUUCAGGAGUAUACUUCAACACUCUUACUCAAUGGUUAUGAGACUCUGGAAGAUUUGAAAGAAAUAAAAGAGAGUCAUCUUAUUGAACUAAACAUUGAAAACCCAGAAGACAGAAUGAGGUUACUGUCAGCUGCUGCAAAUCUCGUCGAUGAUGACACUAUUCUAGAGCAAGAAAAUGAACCUGUGGUCCUAUCCUUAGGCCCAGAAAUCUCCUUAAACAAGUCACAGUUAGAUGACUGUCCAAGGGACUCUGGUUGUUACAUCUCAUCAGAAAAUUCAGAUAAUAGCAAGGAAGAUCUGGAGUCUGAAAAUCUGCCGGACAUGGUACAGAAGAUCACUAUCACAGCGCCCAGUGACUGA